UCUGCAUCAAAAUGAAGGAAUUAUUAGAUGACGACUCCAGCAAUGAAGAAGUGAUCCCGAUUCCUGUUCAAAUAUUUCUUUGGAGACAAACAACACCCUUCGUACGUCCAAGACUUGGGAAGGUUCAUGAUGCGUCAUGUAUGUUUUGUCAACGAGCACCAGGCCAUCAUGAACUGAAAGAAGCUUGUAAGUCAUUUGAAAAAGUACUGGUUCAAAACUUACGCUUCGGAUUAUCCGUCAGCUUAACCGAUGCAAUAGAGUCGAUACCGAGAUGGCGUCUGAUUCAAGCUGCACUGCCUCAUGUGAUGCAUGCAUUGGCUGCAUUACUACACAACAGGAUAAAGGACAACAUGCAAUCAUUAGGAAAUGUAGAGACAAAGCUUCUCUACACAUUGCACUGGAUCCUACUUGAUGCAUCAGAUGAAUGUGCCGACAAUGAUUAUGAAAAUGAUAAAUUUUAUUCCAACCCUUUCUAUUAUUUAUUCUCUAUACCUGCCAUAACUCUGUUUGUGUUCCUGUUUGCACCAAUAUCACAACACUUGAAGGAAUCGGAUUUCACUAACAAUUAUAGAUUGGAAAAUGGUUUAAAAAUGUGGCAGGCUCUGUGGGAGUUUAGACAUCCUGAUGCCGCAUGCUUUACCACUUUAGUCAAACCUAAACCAAGAUCUUUUGGUGGUAAAUAUUCAAAAAGAACUCAACCUGAAGAUGUUUUUCUGGGCCGUAAAUUUUCCAAAGAAGAAGGGGGUAAUAGUGGAAGUCCUCCAAGUCAAAAUAUAUCAGUUUCUCAAUCAGAUAUACCAUCUAAACAAGCAAGUACAGAGGAGGAACCGUGGGUCUCCUCACCGAAAGAUACUAUCUUUCCGGAAACCAUUCCCGAAGAGAGCUCCAGUACUGAAGAAGAACAUGUUUUCAUUUACCGCUUACCAUCAGAACAGAACUACAGCGGCCCAUACAAGGAGGUGUAUACUGUAUAUGCGGCCGAUCCCAGUUUGUUUCAAGUCCGUAAACCAGACAACAUGAAGCCUACACUGCCGGGGAUAAAACCGUUGCCACAGAUAACUAAAAUGAGUUCUUCAGAUAAAGAGUCCCUGUCUGAUAGCGGCGGCUGCCCGCCCAUGAAGGGGACGCCCACUUCUGCGGAGAAAGCUCCUUCGGCCAAACAAGGGAAUGUAUCAGCCGCUACAUUUUUGGAUGUUGCAACACUAAGAUGUUUAUUUACAACCCAGUGGCAAGAAGAGGGCGUCUAUUGGGCUCUUUAUUAUAUAUACAAUAGGUUGCGUGACAUUUGUGAUGAUGUGUCCAAACAAAUUCCACCAAGAAAAAGAAGCAACUCUCUGCCUAUCCCAAAAAUAGAAGUAUCUGUUUACCAGAGUCCGGAUAUAAAAGAGCACGAUUCAUUAAAAAAUUUCAUGGAAGUCCCGGAUUCCAAAGAAAUCUCACCAAUAACAGAGAUACCAUUUGCAUCUGUGCCGAAAGUUGAAGAAGAAAAUGUAAUGACAAGAAGAGCAAGCGAAAAAGUGAAACGGAAAAUGAAAAUGGCCGAUUUGAAAGCAUUCGUUGAAACAAAACUGCUUUCGAAAUCCGAGAAAGCCUUGGAAAAGAUUGGUCAUGAAGAACACAAAUUUAGUUUUCAUACAGCAGUAAGAAUGAUAUCUGAAUAUCACAGGAGUUUGGACAAUGCAGAUGACAGGCCGAAUUCAGCUUUGGCUACUAAUUUCCAAGCAAUAACUCCGCGCCUUACUGGAGAUUUACUGCCCUGUAAUCUCAUCAAAGGCAAAAGUAUGCCAAGUCUUAGCUGUUUGAUCGAUGAGCUAGCGUCUAAUGGAUAUAUUGGCGAAGUGAAAACGGAACGCACUCACGGACAGACGACUGCAACACAGAGCAAUGUCCUCAAGAAGAAGAACCCAAUCAUUACUGUGACUGAGCACACGCCAACGCCCUCUCCAGACUACCUUUCCAAAACUAGACAGGGUUCGAUGGAAUCUCAAUUAGACUCUAUAAGUAUGCAGGGGUCCCAGCACAUGCCCACCCCCGAGCGCAAGCCGAGUCUCACACGCUCGCAAACAGACUCCAAUAUAACGUACAUUUUGGAGGAGAUACAAGAGGCCGCUGGAUCCAAGUAUUACAUCACUAAAGACGGUGAUAUUGAUCUACAGAUCAUUCUUAAGGCAGUUUAUUCCGUAUCGACUAUGGAUAGUUAUUACAUCACGGUGCGAGUGAUGGAGGUAAUGUUAAACUUGGUGGACACGCUGAUGGAGGUCGGAGUUCACAAGAAUUGGCAAACAGAUGGCACUAAAGAGGCACAACCAGAGACAAUUGACCCAUUAUCGGAAUUCGUUAAAGAUAAAGACAGCAAGGAAAGGGAUUCAGGUAUCCCAUGCGCCCCCAGUCAAGAAUCCACUAAUGUUGAAGGAGGGGAGAGCAAGGAAAAGAUAAAGGAGGAGGAGAAUUUCGAUUGUCCCUACUAUAUGAUAAUGCACAUUAUUCUAAGGUUACUGAGACAAUUGGGAUGUUCUCAUGGUUGCACGUCAGCGCUGCGCGGGCCGCAGGCGGAGUGCCUCAGAGUGCAAGCUCGCAACUCGCUCAGACAACUCAGGACUGCCAAUAUAUCCAAGUUUAACCUACGUAUCCGAGAGAUGACCAAAUUCGCACCAAUUAGAGAAGUUUUGGAUAAUUUACAUGCGACUAUCGGCUUUUGUGCGGAGCCAUCUAAUAUGGUAUCGCCAAUGAAUCAACAGAAACGUAAUUUCGCAAAAUCUCCAGAUAUAAGCCACUUACAAGCCGGGUAUGCUACGAACUUUGGCACAGGACAGAAUGCCAACACGCACAGAGCUAUAGAGAACUUUGUUAUAGAGGCUACCUUCAGAGUGCUCGUCACAAGAUUCGCUUUGAUGCAUAAGGAAUUGAAGAUGCUCGACAAUUCCGCUCUUUAUAUGGAAGUGCGUCUACUACUAAGCUAUGUGAAAGAAGCGCACGGCAGCGAGUUCCGGCUGGUGGCGCUGAGCUACAGUGAUACUGCAACAAAAAAGAGUCAAAAUCACCAGCAUGUAAAUAACAUACUUUUAUGUUAUAGAGCUCGAAAACGCGUCGAGGACAGACUAAAUAGAUUUGGACUUCGUAAGAUGGGGAAGAAAAGAGAUGGGAGCAUUGAAGAAUCGUCUGGGGGAUACAUGUCUCGUCGCGGGUCCCUGGAGGGCGGGUCCGGGGGCGGGGAGUCGGAGGUGGUGGUGCUGAAGCGGCGGCGGCUGGUGUGCGCCGCGCCGCUCUACGCGGGACUCGCUCGACUCAACUUCUUGUUGGACGCCACGCAGCCUGGGGCCACGCCUGACGCGCUCUUUAUUGCUGCUUUACUGGACUUGCCGUUCACAGUGGUGGUGGCGCGCGCCUCGGUGCUGUUGGAAUGCGCACAUUUAGUACACAAUUGUAAUAAAGGCCAGUGGCCGCAUUGGCUUAAGUCGAAUAUGGUCAAAAAUUCAAUGUCAGCCAGUCCUCAGCUUAGAAGAAGACUCGCUGGAAAAUUAUUUUACCAAUGGGCUGAAGCGAUUGGAAAUAGAUUAGAAGAGAUGUUAAAUGAAGAUAAAAAGCACCUUGACACUGUGGUCUCCUUGGUGACUGACCCCGAUGGUCAGAGGGAACUUUUACAGCAAGACGAAGAGGAAGAUUUUCUUGAUGAAGCAAGUAUACGCCUUCCUGGAAAGACGAUCGGAGCCGAAUGUCCUCGAGCGCUAAGAUUAGUAGCUUGCGUAUUACUAUUUGAAAUAACCGCUUUCCUACGCGAAACCUACCAAAACCUACCGAAAUCCAGCCGCUCCUCGCUAAAGGAACGCGGCCCUUGGGACAGGGUUUACAGGGAAGCCAAUCGUCGUUGGAGCAUGGCUCUAUCGAGUAUGGGACAUUCUCAAGCGUCCGCACAAAGCCUGCAGUCAAUCGCCGGCGCUGAAACUGAAAGGAAAAUAUCAUUUGUACUACAUGAACCUGAAAAUGUGUCCGGCGGGAGCAAUGUUACGCUAGCUGAUGCGAUACCGAGUACAGCACUGGAGGACAAGAAGGGCCGGCUGGGGUCCCGCGGCAAGGCGCCCAUGCACCGCCGCAACACGCAGCAGACGCACUCCGCGUACGGCUCCUUCAAACGAAGAUCUAUUAAAUUGCGACAGAAAGAUACCAGAGAAGUCGAUGAUUUCAUAACACGAAGAUCAGAUUCAAUACAAAGCAGACGUAAAGUUUCUUCAUUAUCCGAUAGAAGUGAUACAUCCGAUGUUUUCCCUGGUACAGGUACAGUAAUAAUGGCGAACGAGCUGGACAGCGGCGGCGAGGAGAGCCCGGGCGUGCUGUCGGACGACCACGAGCCGCCGCCCGACAGCCCCGACAGCAACUCUACUGACCCCCCCGACAACAACAAGGGAUUCCCUUGGCUUAAGGUGAUGGUGAAGUUUUUGAAUUCCUUUAACUACGUGUGCUGCCAUCAAAACUUCUGUCACCCGUACUGCUUCCGACGGAAUAUGAGAGCUACCGUUCGUCUCAUGAAGUCUGUGCAGAAGAUUUACGGCGAGAAGUUCGGUCCGGAGACGAGCAGUGCGAGCAGCGAGGAGUGCGCGGGCGGGGCGCGGCGCGGCCGGCGCGCGCGCAAGCCCUCCGACCACCUCACCGAUAGGAUCGAUCGGUCCGUGAUAGAGACGGCGGGGCUGGCGUACCGCGCGGCGGGCGUGGAGCACACGCUGGGCGGCGCCGAGCCCGCGCCCGCCGCGCCCGGCUCGCUGCCCUACCCGCCCGCAGACACGCCGCACAUACUCAAGUAUCUCAAGGGACAAGUGCGCGAGGCGUACCACAUGCCGCUGGCGACGCUGGUGAAGGGCGCGACGACGCUGAGCGAGGAGAUGUUCGGCGAGGUGGCGCCGGUGGCGUGGCGGCUGCUGGUCGCCGCCGCGCUCUUCAUCCUGGUGGCGGUGCGCGCGCCGCACGUCGCCACCGACAUCAUGCACAACGACCUCAAGCACUGCGACCCUGGAGUCAGGAUCAACGCGAUCCUACGCUUCCAAGUGAUAUGGAAGCUUCGUUACCAAGUGUGGCCCCGUAUGGAGGAGAGCGCCUCCGUCACAUUCAAGGUUCCUCCUCCGGGAAUAGAGUUCACGUUGCCCUCGCCAAAGAUCGGCAUCGAGUCGCUGGCGGUUGUCGACCCACCCUGGAGUCCGCAGGUCAAAGACAAGGAUAUGGAAAUGACGCUCAAUCAAGAAAGACAUCGUUCGCUAGUAACAGCCACAAAGACUCGCAAGAAGCAGCAGACGGAGGCAAUGAAGCGCGCGCUGCAGCAGCGCAACGACAAGAAGAAGGCGGAGCGCGAGAGCUUCCUCAUCACCACGAUCCCCAUCACGCGCCAGGCCGCCCGCGAGCCCGCGCUCGACCACGUGCCGGACGACCAUGUCGAACCGGCGGCGGACGAGGAGGUGGUGGAGGGCGUGCGCGGCUCGCACCACGCGCAGGUGGCGGCGCCGCUCUUCCCCUCCGCGCUGUGCUCCGCCGUCGCCGAGAUCGUGGCGCUGCUAGACGACGCUGCAGUCUCGCGGGACGGCUGCUCCGUCUAUGAAGUCGCAUAUCAGUGUAUCUGGGGCUGUCUUGUGGAGGACUCUGCACUUUUCCUGCGUCACGUCCUAGAACGUUUAACACGAGACCAUCAGGAUGAGAUGUUCAAGUUGCUGCGACAUCUUAUCCGGUUCAUCCCGCGCCUGCCGCAGCAAGCCGCCUUCGCACUCUAUAACUAUAUUAUCGGAUACGUAAUGUUCUACGUACGCACUCCACAUGAAGACGGACAGAGACUUAUUGGAGCCGCCUUAUCUAUACUAUGGAUGGUCGUUCACAGUGUACAUGGUAUAAUGUUCAAAGACCUUAAACAGAUUUUACGAAAAGAACAAUGCGACGCAUCGAUAUUACUUACAGCUAAUGUACCUGCUGCUAAGAAAAUUAUUGUACACGGCCCAUCUGACAACGAAGGCAGCAUACCGUCACAGUUCCCAGUGCAAGAAGACACCCAGUUCUGUCAAAUUUUGAGAGAAUCUUUAGAUUUCUUUAGUAUACCAGAUAAAUUGCACGAUGAAUACUUUUUAGUCGACUUCAAAACACGUCAGAUCCAUAAUCCACAAAGUUACGUACGGGACCAUUAUUUCUUCAAACGUUCUCAGUAUCCACAGUUAGGGCUGGUUCACAUGGAGCCUGAGGAAGCGUUCCAUAAACUACAACAACAAGAAUUACUGCAAAAAUUUGUUGAAAUCGGCAAAGUGCUUCUUACUUGGGCUAUUUUGAAAAACGUCGACAUGGUGGUGCAACGAGUAGUAUUCCUGCACGACGAGCUGAUGAAACUACCUUCAUUCCCUCGCAAGGCUUUAGAGGCGGAUCUCGACUUGUACAGCCGAGGGAAACUGGGCUCUACCUUACUCGGCCUCGAUGUCUUACAUAAAUUCAUGUGGGUGCGUCUGAUCGCGCGCAUGUUCGAGGCGAUGGCGGGCAACUUCACCUCCUCCCGCGACAUCCACCUCUUCCUCAACGUGCUGAACGGCGCGCUCAUGCUGCACAGCGAGGACUCCCUCAUACUCCGAUACGUCAUCGCCACAUACGUCAACGCCGCCUUCAACUUUAAGAGUAUUUUCUCUACUAAUGGAUACUUGUUAAUAAUGCCAACGCUCCUACAAAUAUAUUCUAACUUCCAAACGAACAAACUGGUCACAACCACAAUAGAGUAUGCGGUCAAACAGUUUUACUUAUUGAACAGAAAACCAUUUAUUUUACAAAUGUUCGGCUCCGUGUCGGCCAUCUUGGAUACAGAUGAAGAAGCUACCUAUGGCGAUGCGAGUAAAGUACAAUCAAGUUGUCUAUUUAACUUAUUACUAAGUUUAGAAACGCCGUCACCUGAUCCCUUGCACAUAGCGGAGCUAAUUAAAGAAGAGAAACCUCUCAAACCUAUAGACUUCUGUUACCGCGACGAGGAUGAAAUGGUCAACGUUUUGGACUGCAUUAGUCUUUGCGUUAUGGUGGUUUCUUACUCAGCUGAGAGUAUGCGUGGAUAUCAAAUGCUUAUAAUAUUAGAGGCGAUCCUUCCAUGCUAUGUGAAACAAAUUCAACUACCGACGUAUAACAGAGAAGGAAAAACUGAGAAAGAAAUCAUACAACAAUUAGCAAUAGCUAUUAAAACGCUUGUCAAUAACUGUGAGGGAUUAUCGAAGUCGUACAACGGGCCGUACCGCACGUCGCCGGAGCACAAGGGGUCGUCGCAGCGCGGCUGCGCGCGGCCCGCCUUUGUGCCGCUCGACCUGCUGGACGACGAGUCGCACUCGCGCUACGUCAGCGAGCACGCGCGUCUGCCGCCCCCCGACACUGAAGACUCCGAGCUGGUGCGCGCGGAGUACCGGCGGCCGCGCGACGUGCUGCUGUCGCUGGUGGGCGAGUUCGUGGGGCGCGCCGGCUCGCGCCUGCUCGACCUCAACGGCUCCAAGGGCAGCGGCGGCAGCGAGGGCAAGCCCCUCGAGCUGCUCGACUCCAAGUCGCACGCCCGCCUCGCGGAGAUCGCACACUCGCUGCUGAAGGUGUCUCCCUACGACCCGGAGUCGAUGGGGUGCCGCGGGCUGCAGCGCUACAUGACGCUGGUGCUGCCCGCCGCCGAGUGGGCCGACAUGGACCUGCGGCCCUCGCUCACCAUCAUACUGCGCAGGCUCGACAAGGUCUUCCUCAAGAUCGCUAAGAAGCCCAGCAUAAGGAGAAAUACAGAUUGGGAUUCUGCGGCUGUAUUGUUGAAAGGAGUAUACGAAACUAUGGUUAGAUGUCCUUACAUUAUGCACUGGCAACAAGUCAAGACUCUACUCAAUACCGUACAAGCGUUGAUAGUGUCCGAGAGCAGUAUGGGUGAGAACCUGUCUUCAGCGACGGCAGCGCUGAUGUCGCAGCCGCCGCCGCCGCACUUCUGCAGCACCGUGGUGCGCCUCAUAGCGCUGCAGGUCAUCAACACUGGGGAUAGCUAUUCAUUGGAGCAGAUGUGCGGAGGUACUGCGAUAUUUCCUUCGGGCGAGAAAACUGAGAAUAUGCUUAUGAAUCUUCUAAUGCCGCUUUGCUUGCGAGUCGGUAGCGGCAGAAAGGACGUGCCGCCGCUGCGGCAGUCGGACGUGUCGUACGUGGUGUCGGCGGUGCUGAGCGCGCUGUGCCCGCCCGCGCCGCCCGGACAGCUCGCCGCCGUCAACGCCAAGCUCAACGCGGCCGACGCACGCGCCAACUCGCUCACCUUCACCGGCAGCCGCGACAUCCGCAACACCACCAGGCUCUCCAACCAGCUCUACAGGAUCGCCUUCUUAGCUCUGAAGGUGAUCUGCGCGUGCUUCACGAGCGAGCUGUGCUGCGAGUGGGGGCGCAUCGCGCGCGCCAUGCGCGAGCUGGGCCGCCGCAACGAGGCCGCGCACCACCUCUGGGACUUCCUGGAGCACGUCGUCACCUACCGCACGCCGCUCUACGUGCUGCUGCAGCCCUUCAUCGUGCACAAGCUAUCUCAACCACCUAUCGGUGACCACGAGCGGCACAUGCAGUUCGUGGUGCGCGAGCGUGCUCGCGGCCUCAAGCUGCCGGCGGGGCGCGCGCGCGGCGCACUGCUCGCCGAACUUGCUCGCGAGCUGCGCACAAUGCGCGAUACACACGAUCACUACAAAUUCGAGCAGAUAGCGGAGAGCCUGGGCGCGGCGGGCGGCAAGCGCGCCUCGGAGGCCAUCCCGCGCGGCGACAAGCAGCAGCAGCACCGGCCCUCGCUCAUCUCCAUGCUGGUGGGGCGCGCCGGCCCGCCGCGCACUCCGGACCACCCCGCCACGCUCGCCGCGCAGAGAGAAUCAGUAUCGAGCAGUUCAACGACGAGCCAGCAGUUGCCGCCCUACGAGUUCCCGUGUCCUGCGGCCGGCCGCCACAGCGACACCAGCAAUAACAACGGCAGCUUACACUCACAAAUAGGGGUGACCGCUUACUUCGCUAAUGAGACCAAGCCCGCGGGCGCGGUGGCGUACGCGGGCACGCAGACCAAGCUGCGCUUCGUGUCCUCCGUCGAGUUCAAACUUACAUCAGGCGAGACAACAAUGUCCCCCUUGUCACCGUUGUCGACGGGCGAGGGGGAGGGCGAGGGCGAGGGCGAGGCGUCGUGCGAGGAGGGCGAGGAGCGGCCGCGACUGCAGCGCGCGCACGGACCCUCCAAGAAGACAUUCAAAUUCCGUCGCAGCAGACACGCCAGCAAACCCGAUACGUGCCCGCGGCGCGCGGAGUGGACCAGCCCGCUGCUGCUGCCGCCCGCCGCGCCCGCAGACAGCUCCUACGACAGCGAGAUCUCGCAGACCUCCUCCACCUCAGGAUACAGGGAGAGCUACAGCCUGCAGGCGUCGAUGUCCGAGUCUCCGGGCGGGUCGGUGCGCGCGGCGCUCGCCUCGCCCGAGCCGCGCUCGCAGCGCACCGCCUCCGCCUCCACCUCCGCCACGCCGCACGCCAGCCCCGACGCAUCUCUGAGCUGCGACUCGUCGUCAGCGGAGCGCACGGCGCUGCUGGGCGCGGCCAGCCAGCGCAGCCUGCUCACUGGCGAGCUGCGCGACGAGGACACGCUCUUGUAACAUUCAAACUACAAAUAUAAGGAGUGAUAACUGCAUAUGUUAUAAAAUAAAAAAAAACUUUACACAUGUUUAAUAAAAUUGCGCAAAAUCUCCCAUACAACUAACCCUAAACAUUCAGACGCAAUUUUUUUUCGUAAUUGUCAUUGUAUGACAAUGAUAAUACAUAGUUCCAUAUUAAAAACUUGUGUCAACUCAAGACUACACUAUAGGGGCUUGUACUAAUGCAGCAAAUUCUAGGUUAGUUCAAAACAUCCUUUUAUCUAUUCUGUAUUGGUCAAACUUUACUAAUAAAGUAAAUCGAUUGCAGAGUUAUCUUAGUUGGACUUUAUCUCAGUAUCUAUUAAAUAGAAUAUUAAAUGUUAGUUGUGUGAAUUAUUUUAAUAGUGUUAUAGAAUAGAAAUUGAGGAUAAUAUACUGUUACUACUUAGUACAAUUUUGUAUUAAUUUUCUGAAUUUUAACCCCACGGUAACGGUUUUUA